GUCUUGUUCAAUUUUAUCAUUUUGGUGAGCUAUGCACAUCCGCCUUUCUUGACCUCACAACAAACACAACAUGUCCUAACAAUCAAACUCCUAAAUAAUCACAUUUAACAAAAACACAAUCUUUUUAGUGAAUAAAAAGAGAGGCAACUGAGGACUAAUGGUGGUUGUUCCAGAUGAGGCAGUUGAUCAGUUUAAGGCACUUAUGGACCAAGUUGAGGAUCCAUUCAAGAAAACAUAUAAGAAUAUCCAUCAAGGCUAUCAAACCGAAACUUCGAUGCGAUUCCUGAAAGCUAGAGAAUGGAAUGUUACCAAAGCCCAUAAAAUGUUAGUUGAUUGUUUGCAUUGGAGGAUACAAAAUGAGAUUGACAAUAUAUUAACGAGACCGAUAAUCCCCACUGAUUUAUACAGAGCAGUGCGUGAUUCACAGCUCAUAGGAAUGUCGGGUUACUCAAGAGAGGGCCUUCCGGUUUUCGCUAUUGGUGUUGGUCUAAGCACAUAUGAUAAAGCAUCUGUCAACUAUUAUGUGCAGUCACACAUUCAAAUGAAUGAGUAUAGGGACCGUGUAAUAUUGCCUUCUGCUUCAGAAAAACAUAAGCAACCGAUAACCACCUGCAUCAAGGUUCUGGAUAUGUCUGGUCUGAAGCUAUCAGCACUUAGCCAAAUAAAGUUGUUGACAAUCAUAUCAACUAUUGAUGACUUAAAUUAUCCAGAGAAAACUAAAACAUAUUACAUUGUAAAUGCCCCAUACAUAUUUUCAGCUUGUUGGAAGGCUGUUAAGCCUUUACUGCAAGAGAGGACAAGAAAAAAAAUUCAGGUAUUAUCAGGGAACGGGCAAGAUGAGCUGUUGAAGAUAAUGGAUUUGGAAUCUCUUCCACAUUUCUGUAAAAGAGAAGGACCUGGAUCAUCUCGACGUUCAGGGGAUGCAGCUGAAAAUUGCUUUUCGUUAGACCAUCAUUUUCAUCAAAAACUCUAUGACUACAUAAAGCAGCAAUCCUUGGUAAAGCAACCUGCACAGCCAAUUAAACAAGGUUCUUUCCAUGUGAAUCUGCCUGAGGCAGCCGCAGAAGGUACUGAAAUAGGAAAAGCAAUUGAAUCUGAGCUGCAUAAGAUCGGAAACUGUAGUGAACAAUCGAGCUCAGUACAUAAACUCAGAAUCAGUGGUGACUGAGACUUUUGCCCAUAAUGCAUUCUCUUCGAUCUUAUAUUUAUACGUAAAAUGAAUGUAAUAGUAGUGAUGCAAUUUCCUAAUAAAUGUUAUGUAAUUCUACUCUUAGAAAUCUAACCUCCUUUAUUUA